AUGCCACCCAAUCAAACACCGGUCAUUCCUGAGACAUCUCCUGUUUCACCUAACCAAAGCAGCCCAACAGGCCAGAAUAUGAAUGCUCAAAGCAACACAACAGCUAAGGAAACAUCUAGUCAGAGAAAUGUAUCUGCUUUAGGAGAUUUCAGUUGUAACAAUGCUCGGACCCUUAUUUUUUUGACUUCUUCAGGGUUGGAACCAUCUUCCAAAUGCUCUAGUUCCAUUACAUUGUCUUUCAAAAGUGAAGUUGAUCGUAAUGGGAUCAACUGGAAAGGUGUUUCACAAGAUGUCAAAGAUGGUUAUUUUGGAGAAUUCAAGAAGAAUUUCUAUUGGGAUGCUUCCGUUAGUGAAGUUCUGGUGAAGCAACAAUGGAUGAAGAAGGCUGCAUUAUGCUACAAGAAUUUCAUUUCCAAUAUGAAGAAGCAUAGAGCUACAGUUCAACCGGAAUUUAUAAAUGACCAUGUGUGGGAAAAGUGGAUGGAACUUUGCUGCUGCUGGUUUUAUGCUACUUUUCUAGCAAGCAGCUGUUUUCCAGAACUGCAACAUACUGCCCAAGAAACCAAUAGUUGUUGUUUUCCAGAACUGCAGCAGCUGUUUUCUACAUUUGCUGCUGCAAUUCUUUCUGGCUACUCUCUUCUUUUUUCUCUUUAUUUUGCUGCUAUACCAACAUGUUUGGCUCUUAAAAUAGGUCGAGAUCCAACUCCAAGUGAGUUACAUUUGCACGUCCAUACACAUAAUCAUGAUGGAAAAUCUUUUGUUGGUGAGCGUUCCCGACUUCUACAUGAAAGGUAUGAAGAAAUUAUACGGAAAAAAGUACAAUGUGAAUCUGAAAUAGAUCAAUUGGAGACAUAUUAUGAAGCUGCGAGAGGAGCAAAGAAGAAAAGAUUGUUUGGUCUUGGAUCUGAAGCAACAAGUUACUUUGGGAAAAAACUGUGUGCCUGCAAUGCUUCCACAUCAUCAGUACCACCUUCGAUUUCUUUAUCGACAACAAAUAUGGAGGAGUUGGUGAAACAAUUGAUUUCGGCCUUUACUACUCAUUUUCUUUCGAUAGUUAUUGAGCGUGUAGGUGGUACUAGGGUACAAGAUGGGGCCGUGCUUGAUCCUCCUCCAACUCAUGAUGAUGAUGACGACGUUGAUUCGUAG